CGUUGCGCCAUGCCUAUCAAUUUAUGAUUCACCUCCAUCAAAACUCAUCCGAGCUAGAUAAUCUCUCCGGUUUCUGAAAUCGAUUGCUGGAAUGGCGUCUCGCGAUUCUCGCACAAAAGAUGCAUUUUACUGCCGCAAGGAGAAGUCUCUCGGUCUUCUAUGCACCAAUUUCCUGAGGUUAUACGAUCGCGAAGGCGUGGACUCAAUCGGAUUGGAUGCUUCUGCUCUUCAGUUAGGUGUUGAGCGGCGAAGAAUAUAUGACAUUGUGAAUAUUUUAGAAGGCAUUGGGGUUUUACAGAAGAAAGAGAAAAAUCAAUACACUUGGAAAGGUUAUGCUGCCAUUUCUGGGGCUUUAGAGGUGCUCAAGGAACAGGGACAGAAAGAGGAGUUCCAUACCUACAUCACCAAUGUCUCGAAUGAUAAAGAACAUAGUCUGCCCUCUGAUUCGAAGGCUGAGUGUCCAGACAAAUGCUCUCAAUCGGGUAAAAGUGAGCACAAGAGGGAAAAAUCAUUGGGGCUUCUUACACAGAAUUUUGUCAAGCUUUUCCUUUGUUCUGAGGCGGAGAUUAUAUCACUAGAUGGUGCUGCAUUAGCUUUGCUGGGAGACAACCUUGACCGCACAGCUAUGAGAACAAAGAUUAGGCGCUUGUAUGAUAUUGCUAAUGUGUUUUCAUCAAUGGGACUCAUUGAAAAGGUUCGCGAUCCUGGGAGUGGAAAACCAGCAUUUAGGUGGACAAGUGUGGGAAGGAGCCGAAAUGGAUCUUCCAUUGCAUUGGAAGAUAAGAAUCGGAAGAGAAGAGCGUUCGGAGCUGAUAUCACCAACACAUCAGUGAAAAGGUGCAAUACUUAUAAUGCCUUGACUGAGCAGCAUCAGAAAUGCAGCUCAAAGGAAUUCGUAUUUGGUCCCUUCUCCCCAAAUGUUACUACGGUAUGGAGCCAUGAAACCAGAAAAGAUGCGCAGAUUCAAAACUCUGACAGUCCCCUUUGUGCUUAUCAGCCACAGUACAGCAACAAAGCUGUUGGAGACCUUUUUCACCACUAUACUGAAGCAUGGAGUAGCUGGCGUGGUGAAGCUAAAGAGAAGCAGCAGAUAGAGCACACAUCCGAAUGAAUGUUUCGUCUUUUCCAUUCAAACUCUUUCUAUCAAAACUGGAGGCAAGAGUUAUACUAGGAUGUAAUGAUCUGAUCUACAAACUAAAAUUUGAACUGAAUUCUGGCACCAAUUCUAAUACGGAGUACUACAGAAACCAUGUACUAUAUUGGCUGCUUCUACCCGAUAUAAAAAUUCCAUAUCCAGUGAAA